AUGAAGGACUGCUCGAGUAUGCGUAAAGACAGCGCUGUUUGGGGAGCCCUCAAAGGCGGCGUCAGUGAUAGUACGGAGAGCAGCAUUAUUGCGAAGUCCACUGAUGGAGAUAAAAAUAGCCUGACCAGUGGCAGGUGCAUCAGCAGGGAAGAAGCACAAACGGAGGAAGACCAGUUAGGCGGUGUCAACAGGGGAAGUAAAAACCAGCAUGAAGAUAAAAUGAGCGAUGAAGGUGUUCCCCCGCAGAAUGAUCAAAAUGCAGACGCAGAAAACGUACACAGGACCCACAUCGACACGCUAAGGAAGCUGAAGUCAAACCCAGAAAUAAAUCUAAAGAGAGGGGAAGAAAUCGUUAAGAAUGUCUGUAUGUUCGUUUCGGACGAUCUGGCAUUAAAGAGAAAAAUUAAAGCCCCGACGGAGAAGUUUAUAAAGCAGCUCUCCAUGAACGCCUUCCAUUUGUACUUCCCCCCGUAUAGCUGCUGUUACAACCAAAUUUCAAUGGCCCUGCUUUACCUCAGCGGAGACGUAGGUGACAUCCUCAUUGGGCUCAAAUACUUGAUAGAGAAUCUGGACGAAAUAAACUUUUUAGUGUUGAACUUUCUUGCUAAACUGAAAAAGAAAAAAAAAGUGAAGAGGAACCAAGUGGUCCUGCACCUCAUUGAGUUUCUGCAAAAUAGACUUUGCGAAGAAAACUUAAAUUAUAAAUACAGCCGGGAGAACAUGUUGGACUUUUACGAUAAUCUCAUGCAUAGCAAGAGGACUUUCUUCGAGGCAGGCCUUGUGAAAGACGCGGUGGACGUGAAGGACCUCAGGCUAAUCUACCUCUACACGCACGGCAUUCGGAUGAAGAGAGAAAGCAGCUUCGUGAAGGAGGUACUCCACCCGAGUAGUGACUUUCCCGCCGAAGAGGACAAUUUUUCCCGCGAAGUGAAUGGACGAAACUUUGUAAUUGCAAACAGCGGACACGAAUUAAAUUUCAAAUGUAGAAAAAAAAAAAAAAAAAAAAAAUUGAUGGGAGAAAUCCCCGUCCCGAAUGUACACCUAGGGUUACACUCAUGCUUUAGAGAAAAAUCCAUCUACGAUGUAGGAAGUUGUGAUUUAUUUUUUUUAAAAAAAAAAAUGUGUAAAUAUAUUUCCAAAUGUGUUGGGAGGUACAUGAAGGGUCGGAACAUGUGCAGAUACGGCGACACCGAUAUUUGCAGCUGCCUCUCCAGCAUCAUUGUAAGCGUAUUCAGUGACGCCAAACUAAGGGAAAAGGUUAACAUUGCCAAGAAGGAAGUCAAGAGUGUUAAAAAUGCUUUGAUUAAAAUUAAGAGGAUAGAAAAUUUGGUAGACAGGAUGAUCAAGUACGACCCUGAAAAUGUGAUCUCUACGGGGGGAGACACCCUCCCCCAGAGAGCAAGCCAAGAGGCACACAAACGUCACGCAGAUGGGGAGAGGGAUAGAAGCCAAGUGAAAAGGAAGCGCUCUCAAGUGGAAGCAGAACUUCCCGAGGAGGAACCCCCCCAAAAGACGAGCGGUGAAGUGGCCACUUCAAAUUGUUGCGACACUCGCGAAAGGACAUUCUCUGAAAUAUUUUCCUCAGAAAAUCGAAAAAAAAAAAAAAAAAGAAAAGAAAAAUGCAAUGAAAAUGAUGCGGACAGGGCGGGUCAAGAAGAAGACUCCGAUGCAGAAAGUGAGGAAAGUGAAGAAAGCGAAGAAAGCAUAAAAACGCACUACUACGAAAACUACGAUUUUAAUUUUGUAUUCCUGGGAAGUGUAAAAAAGGGAUCCGAUCGGCACAGGUCUCUGUUGUUUAAGCUGCUUUGCGAUUCGGUGGACAUCCCCUGCAGAUUUGUCCGUUAUGUGAAGAACCACAGGGUCAAGUACUUCAACCUCGUCUUAAUUCCCUCCCUUCCAGAGCAAAACAUCCCCGAGUGCAUUAUCCCCAUCUUUUGGGAGGAGAAGACAAAAACGAAAACCAACUCAAGUGCGCAGUCAAAGAUCACCAUUUCGAACUUUACCAAUAAUGUGAAAAUGCCUCUUGGGUACAUUGAUAGUUUUUUUUUGAAAGUAUGGGAGGGGAACAACGAAGUUGUAAACCUAGACGAGCACUUCAUCUUUGAGAGAAAGUUAGGAGUGGGUGGAUUUGGCGAAGUGUGGGACGUGUCCCUCAAGGAGGAUAGAGAAGUUCAAACCUCAUUUUUCUUUCCGAGCAUAAAAGACACAACGCACUUCGCGUUGAAAAUUAUGGACAUGAACGAAUUCAACCUGAACGAGUCUGUGAUUCUGCGGGAGAAGGCACACACCAACGUCGUGAAGAUUUACUGCACCUUCAAGGGCUACCAACUGCUGAUGAACAGGCAGCACCAGGAGGAGAGGAAGGAGUGUCUCUGCUUCCUGUUGCAGCUGGCCGACACGUCAUUGGAAAAGGUCUUCUGCGAUAAGGGAGCGGCAUACAACCUUAAUUUCGUGCGACUGACUCUGUUGGAGAUAGCCAAUGUAAUGUCCUUCAUUCACAAGGAAAAUUCCAAACAGGAAUUUUACAUAUAUCGGGAUUUGAAGCCAGACAACGUGUUGAUAAAGGGGAAGAAGAUCCUCCUGACGGAUUUUAACCUGUCCAGGAAGGUCGACCAAGACUUCGAAUACCUUAUGAGUCAGUGUUGUGGCACAAAGGGUCACUUGGCCCCUGAGCAGAAAAGCGUGGCUUACAACAGGACUGUUGACGUUUGGGCCUUUGCAGUUAUUGUGUCCAAAUUUUUAAAGCACAAAAAUUUUCACUACUUUUCGCAUGGGGGAUAUAAGGUGGACUUGAAGCAUUUUGAGAUUCAGGACAAAUUCCUGAUAAACCUGCUGCUCUCCUGCAUCGACGAGAACCCCUUCAUGCGGCCCACAUUUGGGGACAUUUCCCGGAUGCUUAUUAACGAAAUUGUGAGGAAUGAGCUGGAGAGAUAUGGGCGGGCCACCCUUUUGAAGACAGCUUGGGAAAAGUAG